ACAGAGAUCUUUAUUCUACACAACAGUCUUCAAAGUAAACACUCGUGAAAAUACAACGAACAUCUCAAAAUGGUUCCCGUUCUCAAGAAGUACAAGGCCGCAGCAGUCAAUGCUGAGCCUGGCUGGUUCGACCUCCAGGAAUCUGUUCGCCGGACAAUCCACUGGAUCGAUGAAGCCGGAAAAGCAGGCUGCAAGCUGAUUGCUUUCCCCGAGCUGUGGAUCCCCGGCUACCCAUACUGGGCUUGGAAGACGAACUACCAGGAGAGCUUGCCUCUGCUGAAGAAGUAUCGCGAGAACAGCCUGGCCUCCAACUCGGAUGAGAUGCGUCGCAUCCGCGAAGCAGCCAAAGCCAACAAGAUUUGGGUGUCUCUCGGAUACUCGGAGCUUGAUCUCGCCAGCUUGUAUACGACGCAGAUUAUGAUUAGCCCAGCUGGAGAUGUCAUCAAUCACCGUCGCAAAAUCAAGGCCACCCACGUCGAGCGCCUUGUCUUCGGUGACGGCACUGGCGACACUACCGAAUCAGUGAUGGAAACUGAGAUCGGCCGCAUUGGACACCUGAAUUGCUGGGAGAACAUGAACCCUUUCCUGAAGGCGUACGCCGCCUCACUGGGUGAGCAGGUGCACAUUGCUGCCUGGCCUCUGUAUCCCGGAAAGGAGACCCUCAAGUACCCGGACCCAUACACCAAUGUGGCCGAGGCAAACGCUGAUCUUGUUACCCCUGCUUACGCGAUCGAGACCGGUUCGUUCACUCUUGCGCCUUGGCAGACAAUUACUGCCGAGGGAAUCAAGCUCAACACGCCUCCUGGAAAGGAGCUUGAGGAUCCCAACAUCUACAAUGGAAAUGGCCGUAUCUUUGGGCCUGAUGGACAGAACCUCGUUCCUCACCCUGACAAAGACUUCCAAGGACUUCUUUUCGUUGACAUUGACCUCGACGAGAUCCAUCUGACCAAGUCUUUGGCCGAUUUCGGUGGUCACUACAUGCGCCCAGACUUGAUCCGUCUUCUUGUCGACACCAACCGCAAGGACUUGGUCGUGCACGAGGACAGAGUCAAUGGAGGUAUCGCUUACACUCGGACUAUUGACCGGGUCGGACUUUCUGCUCCUUUGGAUUCGUCGGCUACUGAGGCUCAACCCGAGAGCUUGUAGAGAUAUUUGCUGGACUCUAGCAGAGAUUUGUAUUAUAGAAAACAGAAAUACCAACUUGUUCACUCUUUUA